AUGAGGGUUAGGAACGGCGCGUUCUUUGGUAAUCUGUUUAGAAGCGCUCGUCUGUUUAGUGAAGCCUGGCGAUGCGCACCAACCGUUGUCUUCUCUCCACGUGUAAUCCAACCGGGCGUGUAAUCCAACCGUGGAGAGAAGACAACGGUUGGUGCGCAUCGCCAGGCUUCACUAAACAGACGAGCGCUUCUAAACAGAUUACCAAAGAACGCGCCGUUCCUAACCCUCAUUCCCAACACACCAACUCACCCGUCGUCCCCGCAUCGAUCGUGUCAAAACCUGGGGCUGCGCCGCCCAGGUACCGUUUGCUCCCGAACAGCGUUCCAACAAGUUGGCUCCGCGUUCGCGCCUGUGCUACUUUGUCGGGUACUCUUUGCGCUCUAAGGCCUGGCGCUUCUACGACCCGGUUGGCAACAAGGUCUUCGAGUCGUCUCAGGCCAAGUUCUUCGAAGAUCGCUUCUUCCCCGCCGCGGCAAACCCUGUACCUACUGUUGUUGCGCCCGCCGUUCUGUCCUAUCCGUCCGCCCCGCGCAGGGUUCCUCCUCCCGACCUUCCCCCUGACGACGACGAUACUGUCAAUCCUGCGGGCGUCGCACCUGCCGUCGCUGCCGCUCCCGCUGUUGCCCCCGCCGCUGCCGUCCCGCCCGCGGCUGGUCCGGUCGACGUUGUGGCCCCACCUGUUCCGCCCUCCCUCGUGUUCUCCAACCCGGGUCCGGCGAACGCCCCUCCUGUGGGUGAUCGUUCCACUCGUGCUCGUCGCCCCCCUGACUACCUGGGUUUCGCCCGCGCGGCUCACGACUUGGAGUUCGCCGCGCACGCCUCCGUCUCGAUCGAGGACUUUGACGAGGACGAUCCCGAAGUCCAGCUGUACUCGUACGAGGAAGCAACUGCCUUUCUUGCCAAAGUCGACAAGGACGACGCCCCUUCCGUUCGCGCGGCACUCGCUGGUCCGUUCCGCGACUACUGGCUGGCGGCCAUGGCGACCGAGGAGGGCGCACUGGCGGCGAAGCAAACAUUUUCCAAGCCGCUUCGGCCCCCUCACGGGGCUAUCAUAAUCGGCAGCAUGUGGGUCCUCAUGGUGAAGCGCGACGCCGAGGGCAAAAUCGUAAAGUACAAAGCUCGCCUCGUUGCGCGUGGGGACAUGCAGAGGCGUCGUGGUGAGCAAAUUGACUCGUUCUCGCCUACUGGCCGCGCCGCCUCCCAUCGCCUGCUGCUCGCCCUUGCCGUUGAGAACGAGUGGGAGACCCGGCAAUUCGACGUCUCGUCGGCAUACCUCAACGGCAAUCUCGGUGGGACGGAGAUCUACAUGCGCCUGCCCAGUGGGCAAGUCGUGCGCCUUCAGCGCGCGCUGUACGGACUCGUCCAGGCGGGUAGGGAGUGGUACAAGGUCUUCACCGAGUGGAUUUUGUCGAUCGGCUUCACGCGUACCGACAGCGAUCAUGCCGUCUUCAUUCGCAGGGAAGGGGACAAGCGCUGUUUCCUUUCCAUCCAUGUCGACGACGGACUGCUCACGGGUGACGGCGACCUCGACGGCGUUCUCACUCAGCUCAAGGCGCGUUUUGAGGCUCGCAGCACGGACGAGGCGUCUUUCUUCCUGGGUCAGAGUAUAAUCCGUGAGGGCAAAACGGGUGCGGCCAUCGUUACUCAAUCUCAUUUUGUGGAUGCGAUUCUCGAGGAAUACAACAUGGCCAACGCCUCCCCGCGCCCCACCCCGCUUGCGGCACCGUCGACGCUGAGGAACCGUGUGAACUCUGAUUUCGACCCCGCUUCCAUACCGUACCGUGCCAUUGUCGGCAAGCUUCUGUAUCUGUCCGGCACUACUCGGCCCGACAUCGCUUUCGCCGUGUCCAAGGCUGCUCGUUUCUGUAACAACUUCGAGGCGGAACAUUGGGAGGUGCUCAAGCACAUUCUCCGGUACCUCGUCGGCACUCGUAACUUUGGCAUUCGAUACCAGAAAACCCAUCAGCCGAUGUCAGCCAUUUUGGAGGGUUUUGUGGACGCGGACCAUGGUGCCGACCCUGUGACCCGCCGCAGCGUCUCGGGUUACGUCUUCACGUGCGCUGGCGGGGCAAUCUCCUGGAUCACCAAAUGUCAGACUCUUGUCACUCUUGUCACUCUGUUGAGCACCGAGGCCGAAUAUGUGGCCAUGUCGUAUGCUGCUCGUGAGGGGAUCUGGUUGCGUCGGCUGCUGGCCGAUCUUGGUUUUGAGCAGACAUCGCCGACUCGUCUGAGGGGUGACAAUCAAUCGGCUAUCACUCUGGCCAAGCACCCGGCUUUCCAUGCUCGCACCAAACACAUUGGGAUCCAUUUCCACUUCAUCCGAGAUCACAUUGCGGAGGGCACAAUCGAGAUGGUCUGGGUGCCCACGGGCACCAUGGCUGCGGACGUCCUCACCAAAGGGCUCGGGACUCAGAAGCACUAUCAGUUUGUACACGCGAUGGGGCUUAUCGAUUCAUCGCGUGAAGGGGUGAGUUGGUGUGUUGGGAAUGAGGGUUAGGAACGGCGCGUUCUUUGGUAAUCUGUUUAGAAGCGCUCGUCUGUUUAGUGA